AUGAGUGCAUCGACGUUCGCCGACGCCUCUCUCUCGCGCGAAGCCCAAAGUUCUGACUUUGACCUGACCAUUCGCCAGCAGCCCGACCGGGCGCGCGUGGCUGGGGGCAAGGAGAAAGAGCGCAAACCCAUCGAUCCGCCCCCGAUCGUCCAGCUCCGGGUGCGCGAGGAGGGUUCUUACCUGGCGCAACACUACCUGCAAAGCCCCUACUAUUUUAUGUGCUGCAGCUUGUACGAUGCCACAGAAGAUCGUCCCGUGCCCGUCGCACCCUCGACGGCCCUAGCAGGAACUCUAGUCUCGUCUCUUCACCGGUUGAAGGACGUGGACAACAGCGAUGGAGGGUUCUUCGUGUUUGGUGACCUGUCUGUAAAGAUCGAGGGCGAGUUUCGCCUCAAGUUUACUCUCUUUGAGAUGCGCAAUGCAGCAAAGGCUGACUGGACAAUCAGGGAUGUCGUGACCUAUUUGAAAACCGAGAUUUCGGAUCGAUUCAAGGUGUCGCCUCCGAAAAACUUCCCAGGCAUGAUGGAAUCCACCUUCCUCUCGCGGUCUUUCGCAGACCAGGGCGUAAAGUUGCGCAUUCGCAAGGAGCCUCGGACUAUGAUGAAACGCUCUGCACCUCGUCCUGACGAGUUCCCUCAGGCGAUUCCUCCUCGAUCGCCAGAUCGCCAGCCAGUGCAGAUCCCGCCUGCCGCGACGGGAUUCACAGGUUAUCCAGCAGCGACGACGAGUCGAGACUACAGCCAGUACUACGGGGCUCCUCCUGUCAAACGCCAUCGUACCUCCAUCGACUAUGGCCGACAAGGCAUCUAUGACCAAGAUAGCCGGAUGGCGGCUCGCCCAAUGGAUCCAUAUAGUCAGCCGACGCCAAUGUAUAGCCAACAGACUGCAUACCAAACCCCGGGCAUGCAGCCGUACCAAACGAGUCAGGUAGUGCCAGACUAUGGGACGCGGCCCGGCCAGCAAGCUGCUGUGGGGCAGUUGAUGGCGAUGAAUCAGCCUGGCACACCUGUACGGCAUCCCAAAAGAUACCCUCGAUCCGGAUACCAGACACCCGAGAAUUCGACUGCGACCAUUCUCCCUCCAUUGCAGCGCAGUUAUCAUCAGGCCAGCAACAGUGCCGCUGCCCGCGGCUAUUUUGAACAGGUGCCUCCCACGGCCACACCGAUUCUGCCUUCCCAGAUGGCCCCCGAAGGUAAUCGCUAUGGCUCUGCGAACGAAACUCCUCAGUGA